ACAUCAAGGGGGAUUUUGUCGGCGAGUGUUUGUGUAUUGGUGGAAUCAACCCGGUGACGGCCCUUCGCAUCAUCGCAACAGCUUAGAGGCUCAGUUUUUGCCUGAUCUUGAGUGUGGCGAUCUCGCCUUCCUGCUCCUGGAUCAACGCAUCGAUGCGAAUCUCCAGCGAAUUCUAUUACGACGAGGCACACGAAGAUGUCGCGAGAGACACGUUCAUGUCUCUGCAUACCCGUGUUUGUAGCAGAAUACGGAUGUCCUCUUCCGUCGACGAAAGCGCAGCCUCGAUCGUCGAAAGCCACGUCUUGAGCUUAGCGCAUUCAUCGGCGAGCAUCGGUUCGAUUGCCACACGGGGACGUCCACGAGAAUUGCGCUACACGAAGGGAGCAGCAAGGCAAACAGACCUUCCUGUGGAUUUGUGCAGACAACUGUUUGCCUUGCUGCUCUCCGCGCAUCGUUGAGCCACAUCGAUUCUCAUCUUGAGCGAUGAGAGGGCCUCAACCAUGCGCAGUCGCUCCCUCUGCAGCUCUGGACGCACGUGACUCAUCGUCUCGUACAUCUGUGCAAUUAUGUCCUUACCCUGAAUGUCGACGGACACCUGUGCGUGUUCCUCCUGCAGUUUCAUCCUUUGACGGCGGGCCUCCUCGAUGUGACACUGGAUGACGUUGUUGAUGGAGGCGCCGAGGAGCCGCCUGAAAUUCAAUGUGGUGGGUACAUGUUCGUGAUACAUGACAAAAGUACGGUCAAUGUUCGCAAACCUUUCACUUUCAAUCUGCGCCCGUCUCCGGACUAUUUCAUGGCAACGCCUGGAAGCCUGUUUUUCCAACGGUACAAGCACAAGCACAAGCACAAGCACAAGCAUACACGGAUGUCUGUGUAUGUCGUCUCUACUUGAGUGCACAUCCGUCUUGUGUGACAGAUGUGAUUCUCCGUGGCCAGAUCAGUGAACUGCAACCGAGCACACACGCACAUACACACAAAGGAGAGCAAAAGAUCCGCCUCAUGAACUUUGAAAGAAAAAAAUCCCAACCUGAAAGUUCAUGCGGCACUUCAAGCUCUGCGUUUUCGCCUUCGAAUGGUGCGCCGCAUUGACUGGAGCCGUACAUUACAGCAGACUGAGUGUGCUGUGUAAGACACUUGACACUUACAAUAAGAGACUUGAAUUGGCUGUUGGCUGCCAGCAUCCUCGUCCCACCCAUGCCAUCUGUGCGCGCACACACACGCGUACGCACGCAGUCCUUUUUGCAUCUUAUCUUGUUAUGCAUACGUGUGGUGAAUCGGCGCCGGCUCUCUUCCUGCACCUGUUUGCUGUGUGUUCCCUUGCCCCUCUCGACCGUCGACGAGUUCAGCCGGCUGUACAUCAAGCAAAGGAACGAACUCGGCAGGUUGGAUGGGCGGAGCCUCGGCCAUAUUUCCUCAGGCCGGCUCCGCGAAAAGGGGAACUCGGGAGGGGAAAAGGGGAAAGGGAGGGAAGGGGAAGCGAGAG